UUAAAGAUCUGCGAGAAGCAUGGAGGUCCAAGGCGAACCCCCAAGCAGCCCCCGCUGUUCUCCGUCGCCCGGGAACUGCGCAGGAGUCCCUGUGUCCAAGGAGCUACUGACUGCGGGGAGCGGCGGCGGCGGAGGUAUAUGGGACAGGUUGCUCAUCAACUCCAAGCCAAAUUCCAGAAAGACUUCCACUCUCCAAACAGUUCGCAUAGAGAGGAGUCCCUUAUUAGACCAAGUGCAGACCUUUCUCCCACGGAUGGCGCAGGCAAACGAGACACUAAGAAAAGAAAUGGCAGCUGCACCUGCCGGUCGCUUUGACAUUGAAAAUACCGAUGGGUCCUCUGGAAAAGUCAUACAAAUGGACGUGGCCUUGUUCGAGAUGAAUCAGUCAGAUUCCAAAGAGGACAGUUCGGAAGAGGAUUCACAAGACAGUUCAGAGGACAGUUCAGAAUCGGAAGGCGAAGAUGACAGUGCCUCUUCAGAAGUCACCAUCGAUAACAUUAAGCUGCCUCAUUCGGAAGGUGGAAAAGGCAAGAUAGAAGUUUUGGACAGUCCUGCCAGUAAAAAGAAGUAGGGGAAUAAAUGUCAUAGAAGCGGAGAGCGUGACCUGCUCACCCCUGAAAAA